AUGGCCGCCGCCAACGCCGACGACGACCCGAUGGCGCUCGUGCGGGGGCAGUACGACGCCGACGAGCUCGCCAUCGCCGGGGAGUUCCUCACCACCUGGCUCCCCUUCCUCUCCGCGGGGCUCUGCCCCUCCUGCGCCGGCUCCCUCCGCGGCCGCGUCGAGUCCCUCCUCCCUCGAGCCGACGACUCGCCGCCGGAGCCGCGGGUCGACCAGAUUGAGCCCUCGGGGUGGGACCUGGAUCCGGCUCCCCCGCAGCACCUGCCGUUCGAGGCCAGCGGGUGGGACUCGGAUCCGCCGCCGCCGCAGCAGCAGCAGCCGGCGGAGACCCCGAGGAUGUCUUGGGCGGACAUGGCGCAGGAGGACGAGCUCGCCGCUGCGGCGGAGGAGGACGCGGCUGCCACGCCUGCCGACGACGGGGAGGAGGCGGGGAAGCCCAGGGCGAAGCCGUCCAGGGAGCAGCGGGAGCUGCAUCGGUUCCGGAAGGUGGCGCGGAAGGAUGAUUUCAUAUGCUUCGAGAGGGUCAAGGGCCGGCUUGUCAACAUCCUCGCAGGCCUAGAGCUCCACGCCGGCGUGUUCAGUGCCGCCGAGCAGCAGCGCAUCGUUGAGUGCGUCUACGACCUGCAGGAGAAGGGCAAGCGUGGGGAGCUUGGAGAUCGGACAUAUACAGAACCUGAGAAAUGGAUGCGUGGUAAAGGGCGGGUAACAAUCCAAUUUGGAUGCUGUUAUAACUAUGCUACGGACAAGAAUGGAAAUCCACCAGGCAUCAUUCAAACUUUUGUUUCUGAUCCGAUUCCUGAACUAUUUAAGGUCAUGAUCAAGAGAUUGGUAAAAUGGCGUAUUUUGCCCCCGGACUGUGUACCGGACAGUUGCAUUGUCAAUAUGUAUGACCCUGGAGAUUGCAUCCCACCACAUAUAGACAGCCAUGAUUUUGUUCGACCAUUUUGUACUGUUUCAUUCCUCAGUGAAUGCAACAUACUUUUUGGGUCUAGUCUGAAAAUCGCUGGCCCUGGAGAAUUUGUGGGCUCAUUUGCAAUUCCUCUACCAGUCGGGUCUGUGCUUAUCAUAAAUGGCAAUGGUGCUGAUGUUGCAAAGCAUUGCGUUCCAGCAGUGCCAUCCAAAAGGAUAUCCAUCACCUUCAGAAAAAUGGAUCCAGCAAAGCGUCCAUUCAGUUUCAAGGAUGAUCCGGAUCUGCUGAACAUUACUCCUCUCGAAGCAGCUCCACAAGAAACUAGCAGAGCAGCUCCACAAGAAAGUAACAGAGCAGCUCCACAAGAAAGUAGCAGAUCCUCAGAUGACGGCAAGGGGAAGCAGCUUGACGUGCCAAAUGGUAACCUAGGCAGCAGAUCAUCCAGAAGCAGGAAAUCUAAAGGAAGAACAUCUGCUGGAAAACCAAGUUGGGGUGGCAUUCUUGGAGACCAACCUCCACAACGUCCACAGAGUCCUAUGACUAGCACGAGUUCUGACAGAGAAAGGGACUCCAUUGGUAGGUUGAGAGAGCCAAGAUAUCCACAGAGUUCUGACAGAGAAAGGGACUCCAUUGGGAGGUCAAGAGAGGCAGGAUAUCUUCCGAGUUCUGAGAGGGGAAGGGACUCCAUUGGGAGGCCAACAGAGACAGGAUAUUCUCCGAGUUCUGAGAGAGAAAGGGACUCCAUUGCUAGGUCAAGAGAACCAAGAUACCCGCCAAGCUCUGGGAGAGAAAGUAACUCCAUUGGGAGGUCAAGAGAACCAAGAUAUCCACGCGAUGCACCUGGCAUGCAGUCUCAUGGUGAGGAUCUCAGAGAUCGUCUGAAUAGACUGCCUCACGAGAGGGCAUAUGGCAGCGGUGUGUACUUCAUCAACAACGGUGCUGAGUCCCAGGAAAGGAAGCAGCGUAUGGAGCACAGACAGCUACUGAUGAUCAACCGCACGAUCAACGAUGAAAUGGACUCCCUCUCCACCGGGAGCCACGAUUCUCCCGACCAGCCUCGCAUGAGCAUACGGACCAUACAUAACAAACCGAGGACCAGAAUAAACAUGGGUGGGUAGCCAUACCCUGCGUGACCAAUGUGUGUACUCAAGAGUCUUUGGACUGAGAUGUUGGAAAGGCUGAUUGAUACAUGGAAACUGGGAGGGAACUUGAGCGCUGUGUACAUUUCAUGAACUGAAUGCAUUGAUAGAUAGUCAGGAGCCUAUUGUGUAGAUACAAGUUUUGUUUUCGCUGGAAUGCUGUAACUGUGACUUGGUGCUGCAUUGGCUAGAUUGAUGACUGAAUAAUUUUGAUUGGGUGGAGCCUUAGGACAUACUAUAUGAUGUAGUAAUAUUUUGCAUGGAAACUGAUUAUUGUUGCACUGACUUUGGUUGGUACUAAUCCAACAGGGCUUGAAUGUUGUGA